AUGCAGGGAUCACCUACAUGCCCUCACCCCACAGGAUCCAGCUCUAUGCAGGGAUCACCUACAUGCCCUCUCCCCACAGGAUCCAGCUCCAUAAAGGGAUCACUUACAUGCCCUCACCCCGCAGGAUCCAGCUCUAUGCAGGGAUCACCUACAUGCCCUCACCCCACAGGAUCCAGCUCUAUACAGGGAUCACCUACAUGCCCUCACCCCACAGGAUCCAGCUCUAUAAAGGGAUCACUUACAUGCCCUCACCCCGCAGGAUCCAGCUCUAUGCAGGGAUCACCUACAUGCCCUCACCCCACAGGAACCAGCUCUAUAAAGGGAUCACCUACAUGCCCUCACCCCACAGGAUCCAGCUCUAUGCAGGGAUCACUUACAUGCCCUCACCUCACAGGAUCCAGCUCUUUGCAGGGAUCACCUACAUGCCCUCACCCCACAGGAUCCAGCUCUAUAAAGGCAUCACUUACAUGCCCUCACCCCACAGUGUCCAGCUCUAUGCAGGGAUCACCUACAUUCCCUCACCCCACAGGAUCCAGCUCUAUGCAGGGAUCACCUACAUGCCCUCACCCCACAGGAUCCAGCUCUAAAAAGGGAUCACUUACAUGCCCUCACCCCACAGGAUCCAGCUAUAUACAGGGAUCACCUACAUGCCCUCACCCCACAGGAUCCAGCUCUAUAAAGGGAUCACUUGCAUGCCCUCACCCCACAGGAUCCAGCUCUAUGCACGGAUCACCUACUUGCCCACACCCCACAGGAUCCAGCUCUAUGCAGGGAUCACCUACAUGCCCUCUCCCCACAGGAUCCAGCUCUAUAAAGGGAUCACUUACAUGCCCUCACCCCACAGGAUGCAGCUCUAUACAGGGAUCACCUACAUGUCCUCACCCCACAGGAUCCAGCUCUAUAAAGGGACCACCUACAUGCCCUCACCCCACAGGAUCCAGCUCUAUAAAGGGAUCACUUACAUGCCAUCACCCCACACGAUCCAGCUCCAUGCAGGGAUCACCCACAUGCCCUCACCCCACAGGAUCCAGCUCUAUAAAGGGAUCACUUACAUGCCCUCACCCCACAGGAUCUAGCUCUAUGCAGGGAUCACCUACAUGCCCUCACCCCCCAGGAUCCAGCUCUAUAAUGGGAUCACUUACAUGCCCUCACCCCACAGGAUCCAGCUCUAUGCAGGGAUCACCUACAUGCCCUCACCCCACAGGAUCCAGCUCUAUAAAGGGAUCACUUACAUGCCCUCACCCCACAGGAUCCAGCUCUAUGCAGGGAUCACCUAUAUUCCCUCACGCCACAUGA